CGCACCCCUCCUCGGAGCCCCCGUGCCCCUCGAUUGCCCAACGGUUCCAAGGUUUCAUUCAUUACUUUCCAUCCGCCUUGUUAUUCCGGGCUGCGCAGAUCGCCUUCCACCGCCUAAUUUGUCUUUCUCACCACACUCUCGGCACAUAUCCGCAACACGCAUCACGAUGGCCGCGCAAGUUCCACGGAACUUCAAGCUCCUUGCCGAGCUGGAGAAAGGCGAGAAGGGCAUGGGCGCAGGAGCGUGCUCGUACGGUUUGGAGGAUCCCGAGGACAUCUACAUGACACAUUGGCGAGGAACUAUUUGGGGCCCUCCUCACGGUCAACACGAGAACCGCAUCUACGAGCUCAAGAUGGAGUGCGGCCCCAACUACCCCCGCGAACCACCCGAGAUCAACUUCGUCAGCCAAAUUAAUCUUCCCGGCGUGAACCCGACGGACGGCAAGGUGGACAAGAACGCCGUCGGCAUUCUGCGAGACUGGACGAGGAUUGCGGCCGAGCUUGCCAAGAAUGCGCGGCCGAAGGAGGACCCCCUCAGUCUUGAGUCGGCGCUGAUCGCGAUACGGAAGUUUAUGGACGAAAACAAGAAGCUCCCGCAACCCCCCGAGGGGUCCAAGUACGAAAUGUAUAAAUGAGCAGCGAGGCAAGGGAACUACACAAGCGGGAUGCUGCGUAACAAAGACGUCGAUUUUGAUACGCCAGUAAUGGCCGUAGCGGACGGCAAAGCGGUGCAGAUGGGCCGACGAGGUUAGACACCGCCAGGACUACCUGACUACCCACGACCAGCACCACCGUUAUUACCACAACACAUAGUAGCUCUAGCCACUGCUCCUAUAUCUAACAAACUACCUAUUCUGCUAACUGA